AUGAAAAAGUCGGACAAAUACACUCCUGGUCCCAGAGAACGUCUUAUCUUCUUCUAUCCAGUUACCUGGGCCUCGCAUAUUCUCGACCAUUCAGAAUUCAAUUCUAGCAUAUAUGACGAACACAUUAGCCUGCACAAGAUUGCCCUCCUGCCCUGGGAGCCGGAUCCUUUGUCUGUGAAACUAAGGGCGUUUGAGGUGAUGUCGUGUCCGGCUGUAGCUCUCGACCCCGUGAUGAAUGUCGGCGAUCUGGUGAAGGUUGUUCGCUGCCAUCCGCACCAUGCUUUUCCCCUCGUUCAGGGCGUCUGCGACCCUGCACGCUUUGUCUAUGGCCACCUUGUGGGCAUGAUCUCAUCUCAGCAUCUUGCACUCAUCCUCAAAAAACGGGCCUUUCUUCCACUGGGGGAUGAACAGGCCUACCAGUUGACAAUCGAAGACUAUGACAACGCUUAUCCUCGUUGUGAAAAGUUAUGGCUCAACUUUUACCUAUUCCGAUGCCAGUCUACCGUGGACGAGCCUAGUAGCUCAAGUGACAGGGUCAUUAAACCUAAGGGCUUACAAGUCUGGGGACGCCCGCACCUGCGGCUGAGACAUCGCUGGUUGGCGGCUUAUACAUCUGUAGACGAUCGGCUUUUUUCUGAUGCCAGGUAUUACAACGGCGUUGGUGGAGGUGGUGGCGACGCCGAUUACUGCUACUGUGAGUACCACUGUAAUAUUACUAGAACUACUUCUGUCACCCCUACGACCGUCGCUAGCCGCUGCUUCAUCGUCAUCAAAAAGGAUGAAGAAAAAGGCACUGCAAUGCUCCACAGGUGGUGUGACACUUUGGGCAUAAAACAAAAUUGCCCGGAAUUUGUCGAUAGAAUAAAACAGGCAAAUUUCGAGGAAGCAGUUCAGAAGUAG